AAAAAGCCACGGAAACAAAUCCGCUCGCCGCGAGGGCCUCGUCCGGUCGUCCCGUCCCCUCGCACCCCCGAGGCUGCGUGCGCGUGGCGACUCGGCUUCCCGCCCCGCGCCUCGCGAUCGGGGCCGUCGGUCCCGGGUCGGACGGAUGCCGGUGGACGUCGAGGCGGCGAUGGCCCCGCCCCCGCCGGCGUCGGCGUGCAGCUCGUCGUCGAUAGGGAGGGACAGCGACGAGUGCCCGCCGCCGGGGAAGGAGGGGGAGGGGGAGGGGGAGGGGGAGGUGCAGAGCGCGUUCACGGGAGUAGGAGCAGGAGGAGGAGGGGGCGGCCUCGCGGGGUUGGAGGCAUUGGAGGAGGCACUCCCCAUUCGGCGCAGCAUAUCCAAAUUCUACAAUGGUAAAUCCAAAUCCUUUGCGUGCCUCAAAGAAGCUAUAACAUCUUCUGGUUCUGCAAAGGACAUUACUAAGGCAGAUAAUGCGUACUCCAGAAAACGGAAGAAUCUCCUUGCCUACAGCAUCGUGUAUGGAAAUUCACACGAAACAUCAGCUGCUCAGGAGACUGCGUCUCCUAAGAGGCUUGCUAGUUUGAGCAGAAACUCUUUGGCGACCUUGGCUAGUAGCAGUUCGGGGAGCAGCAGCAGUAUCAGCAUUGAAGAGAAUGAGCUGCCUGAGCAGCUCCAUUCACCGCUCUCACGUGAUAAUUUUAUAUCCACACCACGAUCAGAAUCUCACACGCCUAAUGCAUCAUCUGCGCCUAUGAGGUCGCUGUCAAUGAUGGAUUUGCAUCGUCUUCAUAGAUCAAGUUCCUCAGUUCGUCUCAAAGAUACGAGUGAAGAUUAGAUGAAAAGAAAAAUAGAGGAUUUUCCAAUUUUUUGUUUUUUUUUUGUUUUUGCUUGAGGUUUCCAGUACCAUCUUUCUCUAAUAUAUAUAAGGUUGGCAUGAAGGUGUCUGGAUAAAUAAGCGAGCACUUCAAGUUUGGCGAGGAGGUAUAUGUGAGUUUGUAAAAUACUCGGUUACUCUGUUGUAAGUUAGCAUAAUAGUAAACUGGCCUCAACUCAUGUAACCAUCUUUAGCUGUAAAUUAACAAGAUCUUAUAUGUUUUGUUCUU